AUGAUAUCUGUGAAUGUUUAUAUUAGUAAUCCAAAUAGUUAAAUGAAUCUUUUAUAUAGAGCAGAUUAAAAUUUAAAUCCAUUAGUUUAAAUAAGAUUUAUUUCUUCAGUUUCAACUUUUGAUGUUUAAGUAUCAAUAGGUGGAGUUGUAGGUGAAUCACAUGGAUAAAUGUCUGCACUAAUGAAUAAAUGGAUUCCAAUGUUAUUUUGCAUUUAUAACAAUUUUAAUUUUUAUCCAGAUAACCCUAAACCAGGAAUGGCCUUAUUUGAUAUUAUUACACCAGACUUUUAAGAGUAUGGAAAAAAAUCAUUUAAAAUUUUCAGUGAUUCCCUAUCUGAUUAAUAUUUUAUUGGAGAUUAUCCAACAACUACUAUUUGGAAUAAUGAUAAUACUAAAUAUUUUAAAUAUGCAAAUAUAAGAAUAUUUAGAGGAUACAAUUUUCAAUUUUACAAUCCUGCAAAUUCUAAGAAGUGUUUAAUAGAAGUUGGAGAAUUAUAUCCUAUUUGUAUAGCUUGCAGUGGAAAUCCUGAUACUUAUGGAAUGUGCAAAGAGGCAGGUACCUAUGGAAUACCAUCAUCAUUAACAGCAUCUAAUUUAUUGUAAUGUCCUUAAGGACAAUUUUAUUCUACAUAAUGUUAAGUGAUAAAUAUUGAAAAUUGUCUAAGAGGAACAAAUGCUAAUACAUGUACUUAAUGCAUAGUUGGAUCUACAUUAAGUAGUAAUACUUGUCCUGCACCUGCUACAAUAAGUCAUUGUGCUACUGGAACAUAUGAAUGUAUUGAAAAGUAGACUGGAGAUUUUAGUACAACUAAUAUUAAUAGUAAAAUCAGUUUAAAUUGUAACAGUAAAUACUAUUUGGAUGAUAAACAAUGUUUAGCAUGUGAAAGUAGUUGUCAAUCUUGUACAAAUGCUACUUAAUGUGUUGAUUGUCCUCCUAAUUAAUUUUUACUUAAAGCUACUUAAUUAUGUAGUGCUACUUGUGAUACUGCAUAUAAAGAUUCUGAUAAAAUGAUUUGUAUUGAUAGUUGUGCAAUUUAUCAAGUUAAGACUGAAGAUCUUAAAUAUUGUAGUAUGAAAUGUCCGACUGGAUAUAAAUAAUUUAAAUAAGACUGUUUGACGGCCUGUCCUGAAAAAACAUUUGAUGAAAAUGGAAUUUGUAAAAGUUGUCAUGCUAAAUGUUAUGAAUGUUUUGGUAGUACAAAUAAAGAAUGUUCCAAAUGUAAUUUUGGUUAUUAUCUAUUAACUACAAUUUGUGAAGACUUUUGUGCAGAUACUACAAAAUUUGCAAAUUAAAUAGAAAACUAAUGCACAGAUACUUGUAAUGCUCCUGGAGUUCAAUAUGGUAUGCAAUGUUUAUAUGUUUGUCCUUUAAAUUAGUAUCAAGAUACUCUUAAAAAAUGUGUUAUCUAAUGUCCAAUAGGAUAUGUUGCAAAAGAAAGUACAAUUACAGUUACUCCAAAGUACUCUACAGAUUCGAAAAUAUUUAAUGGAUUCAUCUGUGAAAAAUGUGCUGAUGGAUGUUAUACAUGUGAUAAUAUUGAAGAGGUAGGAGUAAGUGAAAAUUGUACAAAAUGUGUAGACACAUAAUUUUUAGUAGGUGGUGAUUGUGUCACAACUUGUCCAUUACUAAAUCCUUAUGAAGAUUCAUAUAAUUAAAGAUGUUUAACUGCAUGUCCUCCAUAAUUUUAUUUACAUCUUAAUACAAAAUGUUUAUUGAAAUGUCCUAAUGGAUAUUAUGCAUAUGAUUAGAAAUGUUAAAAUACAUGUCCUGAUGGAACAUAUGCGGAAGUAGCUAAUAACAGUUGUUUAUUAUGUGCAAAUGAAUGUAAUACUUGUAGUGAAGGUGGGCCAUCUCAUUGUAUUGAUUGUAAAGGGGGUUAUUAUUUAUAUGAUACAAUAUGUGUACAAAUUUGUCCAAGCAUAAAAAAAUUUCAUAAUACUGUCUCAUUUGUUUGUGAAUCAACAUGUCCUAACUAUUAUUUUGAUGAUGGUACUACUUUUGAAUGUUAUGAUCAAUGUCCAGUCAAUUUUAAUGUGGAUGGGUAAAGAUGCACAUAUUAUUGUUCACUAGGUAAAUACUUAGAUGUUGAUACAUGUAAAGUAUGUGAACCUAGAUGUGCUAGAUGUGAUGAUGGUACCAAUUAUAAUUGUACUAAAUGUUCAGCCAAUUAUUAUUUAGAUGGUAGAACAUGUUCAUUAACAUGUGAUGAAAAUCCUACUUAUUAUCGUAGUGAUUAUGGUUAUGUUUGUGUUGAAAAAUGCCCAGGAACUUUAUUAAUGGUUGAUUCACUUAAAAAAUGUGUUGCCAUUUGUCCAAAUACUCAUGUUAAAUAUUUAGAUCGUUGUUUAUUAGAAUGUCCUAAAGGAUUUUAUUCUGAUAUUAAUUUAAAAUGUUAAUCUUGUCCAUAAGAAUGUCUUGAAUGUACUUCUGAUACAUCUUGUUAAAAAUGUGCUGCUAAAUAUUUUUAAUAAGGAACAGAAUGUUUAAAAACUUGUAAAAAUAAUUUCUAUUAAAAUCUUAAUAAUUAUUAAUGUGAAGCUACUUGUGAUAAAUUAGUUAACAAUGAUGGAUUAGGUAAUUUAUAAUGCUUAGAAUAAUGUCCAAAUACUAAGGUUAAACAUUAAGGAUAAUGUAUAUAUGAAUGUCCUGAUGGAUAUUAUAAAAAUAUUGAAGAUAAAAUAUGUUCAAAAUGUUCAUUAGAAUGUAAAACUUGUAAUGGAGGUACAAAUGAAGAUUGUAUUGAAUGUCAAUCUGGUUUUGAAAGAAAAGAAGAUUUUUGUAUUGGUAUUUGUCCUAAAGGAACAUUCUUAAAUUAAGUAUCUUGUGAUUCAUGUGCUUUUAGAUGUGUUUAAUGUAUAGAUUCUAAAUAUAAUUGUAUUCAAUGUAAAGGAGAUAGAUAAAAAGCUCCAUAAUGUUAUUGUCCCUCUGGAUAUUAUGAUGAUAGAAAAAGUCUUAAUUGUUAAAAAUGUUAACUUCCAUGUGUUACAUGUUAAUCAUUAUCAUAUUGUUUAACAUGUUAAUUUAAUCUUGAACCUCCUGAUUGUCUUUGUAAAAGACCUCCACCUAUUACUUCAGAUUAUUGUAUCUCUUGUAAAUUAUCUUUCGCUGAAUCUGUUAGAUUUAGUAGUGAUUUCUCAUAAAUCAUUGUUAUUUUUACUUAUCCUAUCACUACUAAUUCAGAAGAUGCCUAUUUCUUCAGUAAAGAAAAUUGUUAAUUAUGGUUCAAAAAUACUAAUUUUGGAGAAUCUCCUGUUUGUUAAUAAAAUGGAAACAAAUUCAUUAUUUAAUUAGGUACUGAUCCAUUAAUCAUGCCUAAUGAUAUAAUAGAAUUCAAAGAAAAUGUAUUCAUUGAUAAUAGUUUAUAAUUAUGUCAAGAUACUUAUAUUGAAUAAUUUAAUAACACUUAGUUGAUCUUAUCUAAUGCAAUUAUUCCUAAUGUAAUUCUCUUUUAUCCUUAAAAUUCAAUAUCUUAUUGUAUGGAUCUUAAUGUAGAAGUAAUGAAAGAAAUAAAUAAUGGAGGUAGAGCAUUGAUUUACAAUUCAUGGACAAGUAAUAGUACUGAAGAAGCUAUUAAUUCUGUAUUAAGUGAAUAUAAUGGAUCAUCAUAUAUUAAAAUUCCAGGAGGCACUUUAUUAGCAGAUUCAGCAUAUUUUAUAACCGUUAAUUAUUCAAAUUUUUUAGAUUAUAAUAAAACUACAACUAUAAAAGUUUUAACAAAAUCAACUAACCCUUCAUUACUUACAACAUUCGAUGAAACAGCUACAUAUUUUGCAAAUCUUGAAAUAUCUAUUCCUUUGGCUAUAUAUUCUUAUUCAUGUUCUGGUGAAAUAGUUUAAGAACUCACAGAAAGUCAUCCAGUUACUUUAUCAAUUAAAUCAAGUACCUCUGGAACUAGUUAAUAUGAUUAUACACAAUCAGUUGAGACUGGAGUUGAAACUUCAUUUAAAAUUCCAGAGAAUAAAUUAAAAGCUAAUUCUGAAAACUUGCUUGAAAUUUCUGUAGCAGACAUAAAAUUAAGUAAAAAAUUAAAAAUUGGUAGCAAUUAAAUCUUCUCUGAAUUUCUUACUAAAGAUAGAAUAGUUGGAAAUAAACCAUUUAAUAUAACUGUUAAUGCUACAGAUAACGAUGUACCAAAAAACCUAAGCAAAAUUGGUAUUAGUUAUACUUGGAGUUGUGUCAAUUUAUAUUAUAAUAUUCCUUGUAGAACAACUCUAAAUAAACCUCUAGUUAUGGGAAAUAAUGAAACUUUAAAUGUUUCUAAUUUACCUUCUGGUUUUGUGUAUCAAUUUACUUGUAUUAUAAAAAAAGAGACUCGUUCAGUAACUCUAUAUUAACAAAUCAUUGUUAGUGAUCUAAAUAUGACUGAUUAAAUAUUUAAUACUGAAUUUGGAAAUAAAGAUAUUUUAGUUGUUACUGAUAACUUAUUAUAUAAUCUAGAUGUAUCAUCAUAUUACUUAGUUAUUAUUCGUUAUUUCAAAAUAUUAAAAAUUGAAUAUAUAGAGAAAUCUGUUCUUAGAUUAAACUUAUAUCUCUACUUAGGCAAUUUGAAAACAUAAUAAGACAUAAGUGUUAUUGUUGGAGGAACUUUAACUAGAUAUAAUCUUAGAGUUAAACCUGCUCUAUUCUUAAAUUAACUAACAGUCAAACCUACAUCAGGUUUUUCACUUGAAACUGAGUUUGAAUUGGUUAUAGAUGAUGGUAUCAGGAAUGAUUCUGAUUCUACAUAAUAUUAGAUUUUCAUUUAUAAUAAUUUCGAAGAUUUAAUGUGGGAUAUUGGAAAUUUCACUAAUAAUAAUGGUUAUUUAUUAAUAGAUUGGUCUUAAGAUAAAUCAAUUAAAAGUAUUCUUCCAACAUGUAGAUAUCUUCUAGUCAAAGUUAAUAAGGAUGAUUAAUUUGGAAUGAGUUAUGUUGAAGUUUCUGUUAAUAAAGCUAAAUCUGCUGUCAGUGUUAAAAAUAAUAUAGAAUUUGUUUAAAAUUUUAUUGAUUUUAAUCAAACUAAUCUUAUUCUAGAUUAAAUAGUUAUUAUGGAAUUAUAUUUCCUUGAAAAUAUUAAAUGCAAUUAUAAUUGUUGGAAUCGAGGAGAAUGUGUUAAUUAAGUAUGUGUUUGUGAUUAAGAUUAUUCUACAUUUUCAGAUUGUUCUGGAAUCUUAAAUGAUUAAUCUGUUUGGGAUAAACUUGCCUCUAAAUUAUAUUCUGAUUUAUCUUAGGCAGAAUAGUCUUAAGUUGUUAUCAAUUCUAUAUCAUUACUCUAUCAAUUAUCCUAUUUCAAAACUAUUUUUGAAUUAACUAAAACAGAAUAAUUAUAUUUAUAAAUUGAUGCCUUUCUUUAACCCUAAAAUACUGAUACAGGUAUUAUUUCACAAACUCUUUAAUCUAUUAAUUAUUAAGCAGCAUUUAAAAUUUUAAACUUUCUAUCUUCUCUCAAUAAAUAAUUAUUUACUAAUGAUUCAUAUGUAACUUAAAUGUAAUCUAUUAACUAAAAAUUAUUUGACAGUUAUAAUACUCUAGUUUUAUAUACAGGAGAUAUUUUAUUAGAGGGAGAAUAAUAAAAUUAUUCUUCAAGUUCAAUGAAUGUCAUGAUUGAAAAAAAAUCAUCAUAGAAAAAUAGAAUUUUGGUAGAAGGAAACAAUUAUGUUGAUAGUUUUUUUGAAACAAAUAUUCUGAGACUUUCAAAUAAUUUUCCUUAUCCAAAUCAUACAUAAUAAUUAUAUUAUAAAACUGAGAGUUAGAUUAGAUAAUAUACGGAUUUGAAGAAAGUAAGACCAAAAUAAAAGGUAUUUGAUUUUAUAUCUGUUGAUACAAAUUUAGUUUGUAUAUUAAGUACAGAUGCUAAAUCUUUUGAUGAUAUUGGUUGUGAAACUUCAUCAUAAACUCCUCCAAUUACAUGUACUUGUGAAGCAGGUUAUGUAACAUUAGUUGAUGACUAUCUUUAUUAUUAUAAACCUUUUUACUUUGAUUUGAACUUUGUAUUAGAUAGAUUAUAUAUUCUAUUUGCAUUUGGAGGAUUUUCCCUUAUAAUAUUAAUCUUUUUGAUUAUUGGACAUAUAAAAGAUUCUAAUGAUAUUGAUACUACUAAACCAAUUCUCCCAGGAUUUAAUAGACCUCCAGCUGUAGUCAAAAAAGUUGUGACUUUAAAUAGAGUACGACGUGCUUAAAUUAUGCCAAGCGAAGUUGAACCUAAUAGUCCUUCUUCUGAAAAUCAUGAAAAACAUGAAUAAGAUUUAUAGUAAGAAUAACCAAUUAGAUAAUUUCAUUCAGAAAAUAGACUUUCAAAUUGUCAUCAUAUGAAUAGUUUAUUAGGCGGAAUAUUUUUAUUUAAGAAAAAUUUUGGUCGGAAAUAAAGAUUAAUUCUGCUUAUGAGUAGAGUUAGCAUUUCUUCUGGAAUUCUUGGAUUUGUUGUUAAUAUGUAAAUUCUAUAAUUAUAUAUAAUUGUAUUAUUAACUAGUGGUGUUGGCUUAUUGUUAAGAAUAUUUAAUGUUUUUUGUGAAUCAUUAAAUACUAGAGGUUAAAGAAGAAAAUAAUGUAUCUACACAUUUAUUAGUUAUUUAUUUACAAUUAUCCUUUUAAUGACAGGAUUAUUAAUUUCAACAUUAGCUUAUUUUCUAGUUUAUGAUAGACUUGUUAUAUAUUGGGGUAUAAGUCUAGUUUGCAUUUUAAUUACUGAACUUAUUGUAAACGAUUUUUUAUUAUAAUUAAUUUCAUUAUUAAUAGAUUAUAUUAAAUUUAAAAGAUAAAUAGAAGAAGAUGAAGAAUAUGAAAAUGAAUAUGAACCUAUUCAUUUAGCUAAAAGUCCUGGAGAAAAUGAAGAAGAAAGUAAAAUUGUAUGA